AUGCCUAUCGCCACCACCACCACUACUGCGACGAAGGUCGAGGAGGCCACGCAGGGUAUUGCAACCUUGAAGCUGCGCUCUCCUGCUGCGGGUGAAGGAGAGAAGGCUGGAGAGGAAGGGUAUCGAUAUGCGCAUCUCUUGCCGCACUUCUCUCCUGAUCAUUAUCCUCCCUUGACGCCUUUCGAGCAUGUCGAUCCCGGACAUCGGGCGCUUGCUCUCCCCAACCCUCGUGCUUUCCUUGACAGUGCUGCGAGCGUCGUCGAGCUGACACCUCAUCUGGGAACGGAGGUUACUGGUAUUAACCUGGCGGAGCUGGAUAGUUCUGGUCGUGAUCAAUUGGCACUGGAGGUCGCUCGGAGAGGUCUUGUAGUCUUCCGUGACCAACAAGAUUUUAUUGAUCGCGGACCUGAUUUCUACCGUGAAUGGGGAAGCCAUUUCGGACGCCUCCACAUUCAUCCUACCUCGGGUCACCCUGUUGGCUAUCCUGAAAUUCACUUGGUGUAUCGCGAUCUGAAAUCGACCUUCAACUUCGAGUACGAAGACUCCAUCACAUCCACCCUCUGGCACUCCGACGUCUCUUACGAGCUGCAACCUCCGGGCCUGGCCACCUUCUUCCUGCUCGCCCAGCCUCAAAGCGGUGGCGACACCCUCUUCACAUCGCAAGUCGCCACCCUGAAGCGGCUCUCCCCCCAGUUCGUCGCCUUCCUGCGCACGCUCAAGGCCGUUCACUCGGGCGUCGAACAGGCGCUGUUCUCUCGCGCUGGUAAGCGCGGCGGCAUUGUGCGUCGCGAGCCCGUCGAACACGUCCACCCCAUCGUCCGACGCCACCCUGUGACGGGCGAAGAGGCGCUCUACGUCAACAGACAGUUCACGCGCCGUAUUGUUGGCCUGAAACGCGAGGAGUCAGAAACCAUCUUGAGAUUCCUUUACGACCACGUCGACAAAAGCGCAGAUAACCAGGCCCGCGUCAAAUGGCGUCCCAACACUGUUGUCCUGUGGGAUAAUCGAGUCACUGCCCAUUCCGCCAUUGUUGACUUUAAGGAGACUGGAGAAGCUCGCCAUGGUGCUCGUAUCACCCCUCAAGCAGAACGACCAAUCCCUGCUCUCGAAGGCCUCGACCUUUCUUCAUAA